CAAGAGGGUGCGGUUGGCCAUGGCCUCAGACUCCACCAUAGACUUUCCUGACCUGCUCUGUUCCUGGGAGGAGGACCGAAAGCUGGUCCUUCGUGGCUGGUCCCUCGUCUUCAUCUUCCUGGCAACCUUGUUGGUGUUCAGCGUGGUGGAUGGGCGGAUGGCCUAUGUGCAUGGUCCUUACACUGGCUUCAUCGGCCUCUGGAUUGACUGCAGGAGGCACAAGUGUGCCAACGUGGGCCAAGUCACUGGUCAGUGCAUAGGCCGUGUGUCCACUCUGGUUUACAUUCACAUGAGCAAGGGCUUCAUAUUUCUGGCCCUGGCACUGUGCCUCGUCCUCCUGCCCACUAUGUUCCUCUCCUUCCGGCCAGUCUGCCGCCGCUUGAACAAGAUCGACUUUGUCUUCAGUUUCCUCAGCAUUAGCAUCGGGCUCCUGAUUCUCCUCAGCUUGACGCUCUUUAUCAUCAACUGCGAUAGGCUGCGCCCGAGGCCACAGGUAUCCUACCUGCUGGCCUUCUACCUGUGCUGGUGCGCCAGCGUCUUGAUGCUGUGGGCCGGAGCUCUGUCCUUCCUCAACCAAUUGAGACUAUGGACCUACACUACACCUCUUGUGGAACGGAGGGUCAGCUACUUUCGUUGGGCCUCAAGACGCCUAAUGCAGCUGCAGCCCAUAUCUGACCACAGCUUGGAGUCCACCCAGAACCAGUGUGCUGCAAUCCCAAGCAGCCAGAGCAGUGUGGUUCCGGGCCCCAAGCGGGUGAUGAUCCGCCCAACAGGCCACGCCCCUAAGCCACUCUCCAUCCUUUGGUCUGGCCCCACCCAGGGACCCCAGGAGGCCACUCUGCAGCCCAGUCUUGGGGGCGGUCCCUGUCCUACUGUGGACAGACCCCUCUUCAGGAAGUCAAGGUUUGAUGUUGAUGUAACAUCCCGUCCCCUUCCUGGCUUCUCCGACUCAAUAAAACCAGGUCGACAGUCCAAAUUCUCAGUGUGGAACGGCUAG